AUGGCCCCCGACGGCCCUCCCUCCACACCCUCCACGGGCGCCGAGACGAGCAUCGAUGCCACCGCCCUGACGCCGCUGCUGCGCGAUCGAGGCAGUGCUUGCCCUGCCCCUGAGGAUGCCAGCAGCACCUAUCCCAGGUCAACGUCUCCCUUUGGUGAGGGCGUCCUGAUCACAUCGCACCCUAUUCAGGACUCAGAUUCAGACGACGGUGUCCAGCAGGAGGUGUGGGGAGAGCUGGAGUGGGUGCCAGGAUGGCACGUGGUGCAGCUUGACCUUCCAAACCUGAGCUGGUGGCAGGACCUGCGGCCGUGGGCGAUCUGUUGGCUGCUGGUGUCGUGCGUCGGCGGCGGCCUGGCCAUCGCCACAGCCAUGGUCACUGUCUUCAAUGGCGGAUGGAACUAUCUGGGGGUGUUCGGCCUCACUGGCAGUGGCAUCGCCUUCAUCGCCGCAUGCGUAUAUUUGUGCAGGUACAUAAGUAUACAGGUGUGGCAACAAAAGCAAAGGGUUGCAGGUGAUCCUCAGGUAGCAUUCUGCCUUUUCUGUGGCUGGUGGCAGUUGGCAAAACAAGGAAGAAUAGGCAGCCUACAGGCACAAAUGCAUGCUGGCAUAAAUGGGCAUGCUUGA